AUGAUAACUUCUCCUACAGCUGGUCGAGCGAUCCUUCGCAAGCCGAAGAAGAUCAUCUGUGCUCUUGAUGGUACCUGGCAGGAUAGUGAUUCUGGCUGGAUUGAUGGUAGUCUCAAAACGCCUUCCAAUGUCACCAGGAUUUCAAGAGCAAUCAAACCCGAGGACAGCGAGCAUCACGCUCAAAUUGUCUACUACCAGGCAGGUAUUGGAACGGGUCUGGGAUUGCGAGACAGGCUAUUAGGCGGCGGGACUGGAUUAGGCCUCUCUGAACACAUCAGAGAAGCUUAUUAUUUCCUGGCCAACAACUACUCAUCUGGUGAUUCGAUAUUCCUGAUUGGCUUUUCUCGAGGCAGCUUCACAGCUAGAAGCCUUGGUGGACUCAUCGGAAACCUUGGACUGUUGAAUAAGAAAGGUCUCCCCUUCUUUUAUGAGAUAUUCCUUGAUUGGGAGAAUGCCGGCAAUCCAGGAUCACGGGAGUCUUCGUUCUGGGAACAUUAUCGCGAUCCUUUGGAUCCGGAAAAGAAGAGCAUGCCUCAAACGCCAUCGAAUGAUCCGGCAAGAGUUUACGACUAUCUGGAUGAGUAUCGCGCCAUGCUGCGGAGUUUCGGACUAACCCAUGUCGUUCCAAUUCGGGAGAAUGAGACACGUGAUGUGCCUAUCAGAGCGAUUGGUGUCUGGGACACUGUUGGUGCCCUUGGUAUUCCAGUCAACCCGUGGCUUCAAAAGCAUCUCGGGCUACCUGGGUUUUUGCACGAGUACAAGUGGCUUGAUACAAAACUCUCCGACAAGGUGGAGAACGCAUUUCAAGCUUUGGCUUUGGACGAGCAUCGAGCUCCUUUCUCGCCUGCUGUGUGGGAGAAGUCGGAGGGUAGUCACACGUAUCUGAAACAAACGUGGUUCCCAGGAGCACACUCCAACGUCGGCGGUUCGUACGAUGACACGGCUACAGCAGAUAUAUCGCUAGCAUGGAUGAUGGAUCAGCUUUCGGGCGAGAGUAGGGCUUCUGACGAUGCGCCAUUGGACAAGAAAGAUUGGAUCGAGUUCUACGACGAUUAUCUGGACACGCAACAAGCGCUGAACACGGUUUGGUACCAGAACCAUCCGCCUGUGCGAGGAUGGUCUCUGGGCGCAAUCUACAACUCGUUCACCUUUCCACAGAGCCUAGCAGGGCGAGUGGUUCGAACACCUGGACGAUAUAGGGUAACGAAUCCAUUGACGGGCAUGCAGAAGCAUGGCGGGGUGCUAAUGAAAAAUACGCACGAGAGUAUCCAUGCUUCGGUCAGAGCGCGUAUGGAUCUCGGGGGGUCUGCUUCGGAGUCCAAGCCCAGCAUGUGGUCAAAAUUCAUGCGAUGGUUGCGGAAACUGGUGGGUAGGAACGGUACAGUGUUAUACAGACCCGAAGCAUUGCGUUGGUGGAGACUUCACGAUGGACACAGGCAUCAUAACGAAUUCUCGAUCAACUCCAGACUUACAACGGGAGGGGCGGAGAGCUCUACAAGGGCUCCCUGGUGGGAAUGGAUUGGCAAGGACAAGCUCGUUCCACAAGGACGGGUGUUGAGCGAAGACGUACUGGGAAGGUACGAGUUGCAAUUGCUCAGACACUAUGCAGAGGUGGCCGACGAGAUUGAGGCCAGCAACAAAGGACUGGCGAGUGUCGAAGAACUAAGGAGAGUGCAAGAGCGGGUGGCUCGAAGAUCGGUGACAGUGUAG